AUGCUUGUUUUUCUUUACACACUUUUGCUUUUCCAUCACCUUCAUACAAAGGCGGAGAACACUGUUUGCCAACUGAUGGGAGACCCUAAGUACCCGCUGUUAUCCAAGGAAGGAGACGUAACUAUUGGAGCAGUGCUUUCAGUUCACGGUAAAGAAACAUUACCAUCAUUUGAGUUUACACAAAAACCUCAACGUCUGUUUUGUUCCAGUGUGAAUCUAAGAGAUUUUCGUCUGGCUCAAAUCAUGAUCUUUGCCAUUGAGGAGAUUAACAGAAGUGACAGUUUGCUCCCAAAUGUUUCUAUUGGCUACAAAAUCUAUGACACCUGUGGAUCAAGACUCUCUUCUAUGAGUGCAACCAUGGCAUUGAUGAAUGGUCAUGUUAUUGCAGCAGAGGACAGAUGCAAUGGACAGUCUCCAGUACAUGCUAUCAUAGGAGAAACAGAAUCUUCAACCACAGUGAUUCUGGCCAGAAAUACAGGACCUUUUAAAAUUCCAGUGAUAAGUCCCUCGGCCACAUGUGAAUGUCUCAGUAAUAGAAAACAUUACCCAUCAUUUUUCAGGACAAUUGCUAGUGAUUACCAUCAAAGCAGAGCACUUGCACAAAUAGUCAAGCACUUUGGCUGGUCUUGGGUGGGAGCUGUGAACAGUGACAGUGACUAUGGAAAUAAUGGAAUGACCAUAUUUCUGAAAGCUGCCCAGGAGGAGGGAAUUUGUGUGGAGUACUCAGUGAAAUUCUACCGAACAGAGACUGAAAAACUUAAAAAAGUUGUAGACACAAUAAAAAAAGGCACUGCAAAAGUGAUUGUUGCGUUUCUUUCCCAUUUUGAGAUGGGAAACCUGCUUGAUGAGCUAAGUAUUGAGAACAUUACAGACCUCCAAGUGAUUGGUGUGGAGGCAUGGAUAACUGCAAAGAGUCUGAUAACUCCAAGCAGCUUUCGUGUUCUGGGAGGGUCAAUAGGGUUUGCAGUGAGAAAAAUCAAUAUUGAAGGGUUUGCAGAUUACAUUAUUAAAGAAUUCUGGGACACAGCUUUUUCAUGCUCACAAAAGGAAGGGAAUUCUUCUCAAUAUGCAUUAAAUUGCAGUCAAUUUCAGGAUCUACUUGCAUUGAAAAAUUACAAAGAAGAUGUGUUGGAACAAAGCUAUUCAAGCAACGUCUACAAAGCAGUUUAUGCUGUGGCUCAUUCACUACACAUUAUGCUUAACUGUAAAGAAAGAAGUGGUUGUGAGAACGGUGUGACCAUUCCCCCACAUAAGGUGGUUGAGGCUCUUAAAAAUGUGCAUUUCACUACAAAGAUGGGAGAUUAUGUGUGGUUUGACAGCACUGGUGCAGUUGUAGCCCAAUAUGAAGUUGUAAACUGGCAGCAGGAUUCAGAUGGAUCAGUACAAUUUAAACCAGUGGGAUACUAUGAUGCUUCACUACCUCCUGACCAGCGCUUUGUGCUCAACACUGACAACAUUAUUUGGGCUGGAGGACAGCUAGAG